CACACGACAUUUAAUAGACGCAUCACAUGCUUCACGCGUAUGUGCUACAAUGGUAUCUUGGAAAAUAUGGGGAAGGUUGUUAAUUAUGCAAAGUUCUUUCACGUGCAUUACUUUAAUAAACUGCAUUAGUCUGCUACAGUUUUCUGGAACGGAAAAAACGAACAAUGAAGGUAGCGCAGAUUUUUCAGAAGGACAACUUAUGUCUGACUACAAGGGAUAUUUUGUGCCUUUAGCUGAUGUCCGUGACAACACCGGAGUUUCAGGGCAGCUACUCCGUUCUUCUGAAGCAGCCUGGGAUGCCAUGUCUCCAAAGUUGAGGUGUGGUGACGAUCUUGUGAAGUUGCAACUCAGUGGUCCAGAAGUAGCAAAUGUUGAACUCUGUCGAGGUAAUGGGGAUCCUGUUCCACUCACUCAGUUGCCACCUCACUGUGGACACACUGCACUUGAUUAUGCAGGUCUGGUCUAUGCUACUCCUUAUGAUGGAUGUGGUGUUGCACAACAGGGAGAGCAUUAUGUGUUGCAGAUACAGUGGCAGGGGAACUCUGCAGUCAUUUCUUGUCCUAUGACCUCUACCACUGCAAAUGAAACCUUCCUGGGACCGCAUCCUCCUAAAUAUCUGAACAUUCUUCUGCCUCCCUUCUCUCCUGAUACACAAAGUCCAGAAGCACCUCCAAUGCCACAACUGUCUGAUACUGAAACCCAGAAACCACCACCUCCUGGUUACCCUCAAGUGUAUCCGCAAGGGUUUUGGCCUUUCCCUCAUUAUCUUUAUCCUGGAAGGGUUUAUUCUAUAGCCAAGCAAACUGGGAAACUUGUUACAACUCCCCAAACACCAACUGAAGAGCCUCAGCCUCCCAAAUACCCCCAGGUGUCUUGGCCUUAUCCUGGUUACCCUUCUGGUGACCAGAAACCUAGUUCAAUGUCUGGCUCUAAAACCGAAUCCGAUGCACCAGCUGAAAAGCCUGAUCUUCCCAAAUACCCCCAGGGGUCUUGGCCUCAUCCUGGUUACCCUUCUGGUGACCAGAAACCUGGUCCAGCCUCUGGCUCUAAAACUGAAUCCGAUGCACCAGCUGAAAAGCCUUAUCCUCUCAAAUACCCUCCCGGGUCUUGGCCUCAUCCUGGUUACCCUUCUGGUGACCAGAAACCUGGUCCAGCCUCUGGCUCUAAAACUGAAUCCGAUGCACCAGCUGAAAAGCCUUAUCCUCUCAAAUACCCCCCCGGGUCUUGGCAUUAUCCUGGUUACCCUUCUGGUGACCAGAAACCUGGUCCAGCCUCUGGCUCUAAAACUGAAUCAGAUGCACCAGCUGAAAAGCCUUAUCCUCUCAAAUACCCUCCCGGGUCUUGGCCUCAUCCUGGUUACCCUUCAGGUGACCAGAAACCUGGUCCAGCCUCUGGCUCUAAAACUGAAUCCGAUGCACCAGCUGAAAAGCCUUAUCCUCUCAAAUACCCCCCCGGGUCUUGGCAUUAUCCUGGUUACCCUUCUGGUUACCAGAAACCUGGUCCAGUCUCUGGCUCUAAAACGGAAUCGGAUGCACCAGUGGAAAAGCCUUAUCCUCUCAAAUACCCCCAGGGGUCUUGGCAUUCUCCUGGUUACCCUUCUGGUGACCAGAAACCUGGUCCAGCCUCUGGCUCUAAAACUGAAUCCGAUGCACCAGCUGAAAAGCCUUAUCCUCUCAAAUACCCUCCCGGGUCUUGGCCUCAUCCUGGUCACCCUUCUGGUGACCAGAAACCUGGUCCAGCCUCUGGCUCUAAAACUGAAUCCGAUGCACCAGCUGAAAAGCCUUAUCCUCUCAAAUACCCCCCCGGGUCUUGGCCUCAUCCUGGUUACCCUUCUGGUGACCAGAAACCUGGUCCACCCUAUGGCUCUAAAACUGAAUCUGAUGCACCAGCUGAAAAGCCUUAUCCUCCCAAAUACCCCCAGGGGUCUUGGCAUUAUCCUGGUUACCCUUCUGGUGACCAGAAACCUGGUCCAGCCUCUGGCUCUAAAACUGAAUCCGAUGCACCAGCUGUAAAGCCUUAUCCUCUCAAAUACCCUCCCGGGUCUUGGCCUCAUCCUGGUUACCCUUCUGGUGACCAGAAACCUGGUCCAGCCUCUGGCUCUAAAACUGAAUCUGAUGCACCAGCUGAAAAGCCUUAUCCUCCCAAAUACCCCCAGGGGUCUUGGCAUUAUCCUGGUUACCCUUCUGGUGACCAGAAACCUGGUCCAGCCUCUGGCUCUAAAACUGAAUCCGAUGCACCAGCUGAAAAGCCUUACCCUCUCAAAUACCCCCCCGGGUCUUGGCAUUAUCCUGGUUACCCUUCUGGUGACCAGAAACCUGGUCCAGCCUCUGGCUCUAAAACUGAAUCCGAUGCACCAGCUGAAAAGCCUUAUCCUCUCAAAUACCCCCCCGGGUCUUGGCCUCAUCCUGGUUACCCUUCUGGUGACCAGAAACCUGGUCCAGCCUAUGGCUCUAAAACUGAAUCCGAUGCACCAGCUGAAAAGCCUUAUCCUCUCAAAUACCCCCCCGGGUCUUGGCAUUAUCCUGGUUACCCUUCUGGUGACCAGAAACCUGGUCCAGCCUCUGGAUCUAAAACUGAAUCCGAUGCACCAGCUGAAAAGCCUUACCCUCUCAAAUACCCCCCCGGGUCUUGGCUUUAUCCUGGUUACCCUUCUGGUGACCAGAAACCUGGUCCAGCCUCUGGCUCUAAAACUGAAUCCGGCGCACCCGCUGAAAAGCCUUAUCCUCUCAAAUACCCCCAGGGGUCUUGGCCUCAUCCUGGUUACCCUUCUGGUGACCAGAAACGUGGUCCAGCCUCUGGAUCUAAAACUGAAUCCGAUGCACCAGCUGAAAAGCCUUACCCUCUCAAAUACCCACCCGGGUCUUGGCUUUAUCCUGGUUACCCUUCUGGUGACCAGAAACCUGGUCCAGCCUCUGGCUCUAAAACUGAAUCCGGCGCACCCGCUGAAAAGCCUUAUCCUCUCAAAUACCCCCAGGGGUCUUGGCCUCAUCCUGGUUACCCUUCUGGUGACCAGAAACCUGGUCCAGCCUCUGGCUCUAAAACUGAAUCCGGUGCACCAGCUGAAAAGCCUUACCCUCUCAAAUACCCCCCCGGGUCUUGGCCUCAUCCUGGUUACCCUUCUGGUGACCAGAAACCUGGUCCAGCCUCUGGCUCUAAAACUGAAUCCGGUGCACCAGCUGAAAAGCCUUAUCCUCUCAAAUACCCCCCCGGGUCUUGGCCUCAUCCUGGUUACCCUUCUGGUGACCAGAAACCUGGUCCAGCCUCUGGCUCUAAAACCGAAUCCGGCGCACCAGCUGAAAAGCCUUAUCCUCUCAAAUACCCCCAGGGGUCUUGGCCUCAUCCCGGUUACUCUUAUGACCCUGUCAGGCCAAAGCCCAUAGAUAAACCAGCUUCAGCCAUCCCCACUGCUCCCCAAUCAGGCUUGCCAGCAGCAACCCAGAUUCUGCAGCCCCCAGAAUACCCUGGUCGUCUGUUCCCUCCGUAUAGUGCUUACCCUGAUUAUCAUCUUUAUUUGCAAAAGUUUUUUCCACGAUAUCCAGUUAUGCCUCUCAAAACACCUACAGCGCCAUCUAUAACCCCCACUCCUCGACUCUGUCCUACAACUGUAGCUGUUGAAUGCAAACCCAAUGCCAACUAG